CAGCACCUCUGAAGCAAAUGACCCAAAGCAGGACGGGGAUGACGGUUCCUCUUUCACCAACCCAGAGGGAGAGAUCUUCCUGGAUGCUCUUAAAGGGAUGGAAAGUGAUGGAGAAGUGAUCAUCUGCCCCGUGCAGAACUGUAGCCACUGUGAGACGGGCGAGUGUCAUGAGAACGAGGAGGGGACAAUAUGUUACUGUGACGAGGACCUCGAACUUGCCCCCGACGGUGUCUCUUGUGUCAAUGCAUCAACAGAGGUGUCUCCGCUGCCACCCCAGCCCUCCCUGUCCCAUCUGGCCCUGGGUCUGUCUGUGGGGACCUCAGCCCUCAUCGCUGCCCUGCUGCUAGCUGUGUCUGGAGUCAUGAUCAUGUACAGACGGAAGCAUAUAGAGCUACAGUCCAUUCAGCUGGAGCUCCAGAGCCCAGACUGUAAACUGAGCAAGCUGAGGGCCUCCACCAUCAUGACCGACUACAACCCCAACUACUGCUUCGCUGGGAAGACCGCCUCUGUCAACGACCUGAAGGAGGUGCCCCGACGCAACAUCUCCCUCACCAGGGGACUGGGACAUGGUGCCUUCGGUGAGGUGUAUGAAGGGAUGGCAGUGGGGAUACCUGGAGAGUCCAAUCCCAUGCAAGUAGCAGUUAAGACACUCCCUGAGGUGUGCUCUGAGCAGGAUGAGCUCGACUUUCUCAUGGAGGCUCUCAUUAUCAGUAAAUUCAGCCACCAGAACAUAGUGCGGUGUAUAGGGGUGAGUCUUCAGGCCCUGCCACGCUUCAUCCUACUGGAAUUGAUGGCUGGAGGAGACCUCAAAAGUUUCCUGAGAGAGACGCGGCCCAGACUGGAGCACCCCUCUAGUCUCUCCAUGGUGGACCUGCUCAACGUGGCCAGAGAUAUCGCACAGGGAUGCCAAUACCUGGAGGAGAACCAGUUUAUACACCGGGACAUUGCAGCUCGGAACUGCCUGCUGACCACCAAAGGACAGGGGAGAGUGGCCAAGAUAGGGGACUUUGGAAUGGCCAGGGACAUUUACAGGGCGAGCUACUACAGAAAGGGUGGGCGCGCCAUGCUGCCUGUGAAGUGGAUGCCUCCCGAAGCUUUCAUGGAGGGGAUCUUCACAUCCAAAACGGACACGUGGUCCUUUGGGGUUUUGCUAUGGGAGAUCUUCUCUCUGGGCUAUAUGCCCUAUCCCAGUCGCAGUAACCAGGAAGUGUUGGAGUUUGUCACCAGCGGGGGAAGGAUGGACCCUCCCAAAAACUGCCCAGGGCCCGUGUACCGAAUAAUGACACAGAGUUGGCAGCAUCAACCGGAGGACAGGCCCAACUUCUCCACCAUCUUGGAGAGGAUUGACUACUGCUUACAGGACCCCGAUGUGGUGACUGUUACCUUGCCUGUGGAAUAUGGGCCCCUCCCCGAAGCGGAGGAGCGGGUGCCCAUGCACCCUGAGGAUCUCACGGCCUCUCCCCUGCUGGUGUCCACUCAGAUGCCCGACGGGGAGGGCCCUGCACCGCCACCCUCUGCCCCCGACUCCAACGAGGAGAAACAAAGAGUCAAGCAGCGCCUCCUCCUUUCCAGGCAACCCCCCGAAACAGUCAAGCCCCAGAUGAUGGCGGAACAACCCCAGUUCCACCCCCACCCUCAGACAUUCACCACAACCACCAUCACAGCCACCUCCUUCAUCUCCACCUUCAAGGCGCCUCCCCCCAUCUCCACCCAGCAACCCAACCCAGAGGGGGGCCACAUUAAUCUGGCCUUCACCCAGGGCUACCCUAAGGAUAAGGAUGGUCACAAUGGGAAGCCCACCAACCUGUGGAACCCCACCUAUGGCUCCUGGUUCCUCCAGCAGCAGCAGAGGAAGCAGCAGCAACAACAGCAGCAGCAAAGGCAGGGAGACAUGGGCAGUGGAGGUGGGGGGCUUGGAGGUGGGAGGGUUCCGGGCGAGGGGCAGGAGUACCAGGGGCGGACUGUGGCCGAGGCUGCGGGGGCCCUGGGUCUCCAGCAACAGCAGCACAAGCAGCAGCAGUUCCAGCCACCGUAUCCCUUCCAUCCACAGCAGCAACAGCAUCAACAACAGCAGAUGCAGCUCCUGCACCACCAACAGCAGCAGCAACAGCAGGGGCUCUGCAAGCCCCUCUUGCCCCCUCCGCCCCCACCCCAGGCCACCUUCUCGGAUAUCACUGCCCCUACCCCGCUCCUGUUAGAUUCUGCCACCCUCCCCCCAGUCCCCCUCUUCAGACUUCGCCACUUCCCCUGCGGGAACAUCGGCUACGGCUACCAGGAGCAAGGGUUGCCCCUGGAGGCGACCCACCACCACACUAACCCUGUCAAACCCCAAACUCCCCCGUCUCCUCCUCCCCCGCCACCCGUGGCCCUCCAGAGAGGAGUGGAGGGGACCCAGCUGUCGCUGAGCUGCUCGACGACGGCCAGUGCCGAGGACAGCCGUCCGCUGCUGGUCACCAUGGGGACGGUGCAGGACCCCAGGCUGCCCCGGAUGGAGGGCCACAAUGCCACGGUGCUUUAGCCCAACCUUUAUUUUUGUCUCUCACUUCAGAGACCAUGUGUAUAGGCAGACAGGCGUACAGCCAGACUAGAUGGUACUCCGUGCAACAUUGGGUCAGGACAGUACCUGCCGCCUUACGACCCCCCCCCCCCCCCCGCGACGCCUUGGUUUCAUCCACAGAUUGGACUGACCCAUUUUCACCUGGCCAAUGGUUGCGGAGUAAAAAAAAAAGUAAAAUAAUCUCUAAAAUGGUUGCGGAAAUACCAGUGGUUGUUAAAGUAACUGCCCAGUGUUUCCAGAUUUCUAUGAAAUUUGACUUAUAAUUACUUUAAAUAUGAGAGAAAUAGUUUUCCUUCCAAAAAUGGUUAAAUGAGUAUGUUAAAAAGUAGCUUUUCUGUGUUGGAAUGGUGUGUGCGUACCCCAACAACAGAAUGGUGUGGAUUUAUACCAGUCAUAAACAAUAUUCACGUAAGUAGCCCGCUGAUUGGCCAGCUCAUCCUCCUCCAGACCACUGAUUGGCCAGCUCAACCUCCUCAGGGAGAUGAUAUGUUCUAUGAGGAAAUAGCAACCAUUUUUUGAAGAGAGUUUAAGUGUUUUUUUCCCCCCAAUUCAUGCUUUGGCCACAAAUACGAGUAUAGGACGAGUCAACAACAUUAACAGAAUAUAAAAGUUAGAUUUUCACUGGGCAGUUACUUUAAAGCACAUUGCAGAGCAUCAAAGACCAUUGGGAAGAAAAAGUUGUGGACCAUUGGCUAGUAAAACAGGAACGAUGGACAUUUUGCAACACCUGCUAAAAUGUAGCCGCUAAGGGAGUGAUACACUAUAUGAAGAGAGCGGGCUGAAUGAGUUGUCAGCUAUUGUAACAGGACAGGAUGAAAUGUUUCCAUCUGGUUGAACUAGUUAAUUUAUCCGCAAUGUUUUCACGAAUCGACCGCUUAUCUUCAUGGCUUUGUAGAUGUCAAUGCAGCCAUUCAUCACAAGUCAUUCGGGAAACAAACAGUUUGUGUUUCACAAUCAAAAACAUGUAGAACAUGGUAACUGAGAACAAUACACAUCUGCCAGAUGUCUAACUGACUGUAGCAUUAAUUAACUUAUUUGGCCGUCAAUCAUUGCAGUUCAUCCAUUUCCUUUGGGAUUUCUGGCCUUGGCAGUUGAUUCACCAAUCAGAAAUGAUUUUUUACAAGAAUAUUGUGAGAAUCGUACACUGGAUUCCGGAGAGGAUGAAAGUGUUUGUUGAUGUUUGCCUGCCUUCUCAUUUAUUUAUUAUGUUGGGAACUCUGUAUAUUAUUAAAUGGACCCAUUUCUUAUACCCAACCAUAUCCAAAUUCAUUUGACAUUGGUUAGCUAUUUGGCAUUUUUUUAGAAGCAGGAAUUUUUGUCCAAUGUCGAAUUAAAUUGACCAAUGAAUGGUAUUUCAGAUAGUUGGAAACUAAAUGCACUCAUCUAGUUGAAUGUUGCUAUGGUAUGAGGGUGGGAGUGAAUGGGAAUUGUUGGGGGGUGUAAUGGUGCCAUAAGCACUGCAUGUGUGUGGCUAUUUUUGAACUUUAAGGUGCGUGAGUAAGGGGCAUUCAUCUGUGUGUGCAUAUGUUUGUGUGUUUGAGAGAGGAAGAGAUGGAGGGAGAAGGGGGAGAAAGAAAGAGAGAUAAAGAAUGUUAUUCGAGGCACAAUACUAUGGGGGCUUACUUUAUACCGUUUAUUCCUCAUAUGUAUAUAUUAUGGCCCUCUAUGGAAAGACAGAAAUUAGUGUUCCAUCAACUUCCAUGGACACAUAGUUGGAGAUUAAUUUAAUUUGAAAGUGUGCUUUUAAAAUAGGAAAUGUUGGCAUUUUUGCUGGGGGCCUUUUUUCAACAACCUUUUCUUGAUUCAGAACUUUUUUUGUUGUUGCCUUACCCAGCAACUAUAUUUAAACAUUGCUGAAUAGGUCUUUACCCCUAAACUGCUAUUUUAAAGUACUCAAUGUUAAUACAUUUGCAUAAUUUAUCUUUUCUAUUAUAAGAACGACUACUAUAGAAUAUAAAUUAUUCUGAGUGAAAAGUUUGAAUACAAAUUGCUUGUGGUCCACUUGUGAAAAAUCUAUGGUUAAUAUUUUGUGAGGAUCUAACUUCUUACGCCAUCAGUUAUCAACCAUGUCUACAUCUACAUUCAAUGUGCAUAGCCUCAACACUGUCAAUGCAGUCUGCUUUUAUACAUUCAAUGUGCAUAGCCUCAACACUGUCAAUGCAGUCUGCUUUUAAACAUUCAAAAAGAUUGUGAUUAUGAAUUAAUUUUAAUGUACAGUGCGAAUCAACUUUCAUGUACUUAAGUCUCAAAAGGACAUGAGUGCUAGUCUAUGCUAAGCUAAGAUGAAGUUGAUUUGAGUGUAUCCAGGAAGUGCCAAUGUGUCAGUUGUUUGCCUGGCUAUGUUGUUAACCCUUUACUUGAACACUCUUUCAUAAAGCUUUACAAGCUGUUGUAGUGAAAACAUUUGAUACAGUGCCUUGCGAAAGUAUUCGGCCCCCUUGAACUUUGCGACCUUUUGCCACAUUUCAGGCUUCAAACAUAAAGAUAUA